UGGAAACUUUCAUAAUUGGAAUUGAGAAUUUGGUUUUUGGAUUUGACUUUGAGCGGUGAGAAAAAUGCAGUUGCACAUAAAUGUUUAAUGGAGACAUGCCUGCUGGACCAACAAGGAAGUUUCCAUUCUCAACUUUUCUGAUGGAGUGAAUGUAAGUUCUUAUCAAUAUCACCGACUAAAAAUGGCCCCUCAAACGUAUCUGGUCACCGGCUGCAGUAGUGGUAUCGGGUUGGACUUGGUGAAGACGCUAGCUGCUGGGGGUGAUCGCGUGUUUGCCACUGUUCGCUCAGCUGCGAGCUCGGCAUCAGGUGUUGACGAAAUUUCGCAAGUUCCCGGCAAUGCCAGACACAAUAAUACCAAAUGUCGAUGUAACGGAUGACGCCUGCAUUGACAUUCCACGCAACGCUCUAGCUAGCGCAGAGCUGCUCGACACGGAAGGGACGGAGAAAAGUAGGAAUGAUGGAGAAAAAUCGUGAUCAGGUAAGUAAUUGUUCUGCUGUCGAAGUUAGUAGAAUUUUGAUACAACGGGUCUUAGUACUCCUGUAAAAGGUGCUAAUAGAAAAUGUCUGUCACUAUCACGAGAUGCUGAAAAAACGGUACUAGUUAGACAGAGUCUUAAAAUAUAGGGACCACGAGAGGACACUACCUGCAAGUGGUUCUAAGAAAAACAUCGAUGUCCUGAUCCACAACGCGGGGAGGGUAAAUGGUACUCGCGCAGAGACGGGUGACGCCGUUUUCGCAAACCAGAAAUUGGACAAGAUAUCCAGUGAAAACAGGCUUCGCACAUUCAACAAGAAAAGUGUGAGUACUUAUACUACGAGUACAGCAAGCUGCACAACCCUUCCUCCUGAAGCCUGGAGGCAAAGUAGUGCUAGUAAGCACAGGAUUAGGAUCGAUUGCAGACAAUGGGUCUGGCGGCAUGUACGCAUACCGAUGCAGCAAAGCAGGCAUGAACAUGGCGGCGAAAAGCCUCGCCUGCGACCUCAAGCAGAGUGGAGUCUUUAUUAUGGAACAAAGUCAAAUUCAAUUGAGGUCAAAAACACCCGCAUACUGGAAAGUUCUCAACGAUAUUCACGCACACUGCCUUGCAUCAUGAAAGAGGCAACUCUAGCACUACCUAGUAAUUGUUCCCUCUAUCGUCCUUCAUGUCCAGUGUCUGCCCAGUCGCGCCGGUCUUUAUUGUGACUGAAUUCGGAAUGGGCAAGGAAAAAAUGCAACAGUUUGGUGAGAAACCUGUCUCUCAAGCUACAAAUGGCAUUCUGGAGGUGCUUGAGACCAAGAAGGAUUGCACCGAUGCUGAGAGCCUGGCGAAGACCACAGGCGUUUAGUGGAUGAUUCAAAGCAAGGAUGGCACUCUCAAAGAGAUGCCUUCGUAAUGGCAUCUUCAAAGAGAUGCCGUGGUGAAGAUGAGGAGGACUCAUAAUUGCUUGGGUAGUUGAUGUACUUCAAUCAGGUGUACUUAUAUUACAUUGAUUCGGCAUGUGUUGUUGUUUAAUGUUGAUAUCGGAGGGGGGUGCUGGUAGGAUCCAUGUACUAAGCAUAAACCCGAUUUUGCAGCAAGACAAGGCUAUCCAUUGGCGUAGGAACUCUUUGCCGAAGUUGACACGUACAGAAGCAACCUGCUGUCUAUUAUCGUCGCG